UUACUAUGUUGUCGCACUUACCUACCUUCAUUGUUGUGUGUCACAUUUUGCGUUGUGGGUUGGAUGCAAAUUUUGUUUGGGUAAAAAGUUAAUAAAGUAGAGAAAGUACAUAUCAAUUGUUAUUAAUUUAAUUUUGAAAAAUGGCAGAUGAUGACUUUGAUGGAGACGAAGUAGCAGACGAUUUUGAUGAUGUUGAUGAUGAUGACAACAUUGAAUUAGAGCCUCAAGAGGAAGAUGGAGAAAAUAUAGAAUUAUUAGCAGCUGGUGAAGCUACUGGUGGUGUGCAGAGAUCAAAACGAAUUACAACGAGAUACAUGACAAAAUAUGAACGAGCCAGAGUGUUAGGGACAAGAGCAUUACAAAUAGCCAUGUGUGCUCCAGUAAUGGUGGAACUAGAAGGAGAGACAGAUCCAUUACAAAUUGCAAUGAAAGAGCUGAAACAGAGAAAAAUUCCAAUAGUUAUAAGACGUUAUCUACCGGAUAACAGCUAUGAAGAUUGGGGCAUAGAUGAAUUAAUUAUCAUAGAUCAUUAAGCUCUUAUACUCUUAUAUCUUGUAUAUUUCAAAUAUAACCAUCUAAAAUAAUUUAAAAAAUAUUGGAAUUUAUUGUAUCAAUAAUAUUUCAAUUCUUGUAUAACUGGAUAUUUGUACAAA